CCAGGGGAAAAGGCCAUUCAACAAAUAUUUACCGAGCAUCCAAUAAGUGCCAGGCACUGGGGACACAGGGGAGCCAAAGCAGCCCUAGUCUCUACCCUCAAAGAGCUUCCUUCCAGUGGGGGAGACCCCUACCAGUCACAUAACGUCAUGGACAAACGUGACAGUAACGAGGGGUAGGAAGGAGAGGUGCGUGGUGCUGAAAUAGGCUUGGAGGAGGGACACGAUCUGAAAUCGGAAGGAUGAACGCAAGUUAAGGAGCUGAGAAGGGACGGGAAGAGCGUUGCAGACAGAGGGAACCAGCAUUUCCGCGAAGCCCUGCAGCCGGAGGGAGCAGGAGUCAUGUGGCUGGAAAUACUCCUCGCCUCAGUGCUGGGCUUUGUCAUCUACUGGUUCGUCUCCAAGGACAAGGAGGAAACUUUGCCACUUGAAGAUGGAUGGUGGGGGCCCGGGGUGAGGCCCACAGCCGGGGAGGACGAGAGCAUCCGCCCAUUCAAGGUGGAAACGUCAGAUGAGGAGAUCAAUGGUUUGGAACUGUCUUCUGGAAACAAACUUUCUCUUGUGCUCUGCCUCAUUCACCUUCUCUACUUGCGGUCCUGCAUUUUGCUCCAGGAUUUACACCAGAGGAUUGACAAGGUCCGUUUAAGCCCACCUUUGGAGGACAGCCGCUUCCACUACGGUUUCAACUCCAACUAUCUGAAGAAAGUCAUCUCCUACUGGCGGAAUGAAUUUGACUGGAGGAAGCAGGUGGAGACUCUUAACAGAUAUCCUCACUUCAAGACUAAGAUUGAAGGCCUGGACAUCCACUUCAUCCACGUGAAGCCCCCCCAGCUGCCCUCCGGCCAGACCCCAAAGCCCUUGCUGAUGGUGCAUGGCUGGCCUGGCUCCUUCUACGAGUUUUAUAAGAUCAUUCCGUUGCUGACUGACCCCAAGAACCAUGGCCUGAGCGAUGAGCAUGUUUUUGAAGUCAUCUGUCCAUCCAUUCCUGGCUACGGCUUCUCAGAGGCAUCUUCCAAGAAGGGCUUCGACUCAGUGGCCACUGCCAGGAUCUUUUAUAAGCUGAUGCUGCGGCUGGGCUUCCAGCAAUUCUAUAUUCAAGGCGGAGACUGGGGAGCCCUGAUCUGCACCAACAUGGCCCAGCUGGUGCCCAGCCACGUGAAAGGCCUGCACUUGAACAUGGCAUUCAUUUUAAGAAAUUUCUACACCCUGACCCUUCUCCUGGGAUGGCGUUUUGGGAGGCUUUUUGGCUACACCAAGAGGGAUAUGGAGCUGAUGUACUCCUUAAAGAAGAUCUUCUUCAACUUAUUGAGGGAGAGCGGCUACCUGCACAUCCAGAGUACCAAGCCGGACACCGUAGGCUGUGCUCUGAAUGACUCUCCCGUGGGACUGGCUGCCUAUAUUCUAGAGAAGUUUUCUACCUGGACCAAUCCAGAGUUCCGAGACCUGGAGGAUGGAGGCCUGGAGAGGAAGUUCUCCCUGGACGAUCUGCUGACGGGCGUGAUGCUCUACUGGACGACAGGCACCAUCACCUCCUCCCAGCGCUUCUACAAAGAGAACAUGAGGCUGGACAAUAGGCACGAGGGGAUAAAGGUCCACGUGCCCAUGGGCUUUGCUGCCUUCCCUUGUGAGGUAAUACACGUCCCAGAAAAGUGGGUGAAGUCCAAAUACCCGAAACUCAUCUCUUAUUCCUACAUGCCCCGUGGGGGCCACUUUGCUGCCUUUGAGGAGCCAGAGCUGCUCGCCCAGGACAUCCACAAGUUCGUGGGGCUGCUGGAGCGGCAGUGACCCCGGCGGGGACCGGCUGUCACCUCGCAGGCAGCCCCUGCCCUGGCAUGGCAGGCUUCCUCCCGACACCCACUGUUUUCCCCGGAAGCCCCCGGUCUCCCAGCCCAGCUCCCAGUAGAAGUGAGGCUGGGAGGGAGGCCCCCUCCCAGUCCUCUGUUGGCGGAGUUGCCCCUUUCCCCAGGAAUGUGCUUGCUUCCAUCCCCUGCCCGUGCUGGGACCCCGUGCUCACCCCUCCACACACACUCCCCACACACUUUGUUAAGCAACAUGGCUUUGAUGAUAAAUGAUUUUCCUUCUAA